AUAAAAGUCAAAGUCAAACCCCAGUUCUCCCUCUUCAUAUUCUCCAUAACACCUAUACUUUCAGAGAGAGAAAGUUAGAGAGAGAGAGAGAUGUACGGAGUACAUCCGCCGAAUAAUUCCGGUGAGGCCGACGGCGGUGCAACGGCGGAGGUGAUCCGUACAUAUCAGACAUGGAAAGGAAGCAACAUAUUUUUCCUCGGUGGAAGAUUUAUAUUUGGACCAGAUAUACGAUCAAUCUUCUUGUCACUAUUCUUAAUAAUUGCACCAGCUAUAGUUUUCUGUGUAUUUGUUGCGAGGAAGUUGCUUGACAAGUUCAACCAUCAUCUCGGGAUAUUGGUUAUGGUCAUAGCAAUUGUUUUCACAAUUUAUGUUGUAACGCUGCUUCUAGUAACUUCCGGAAGGGACCCAGGUAUAGUUCCACGCAACACGCACCCUCCAGAACCAGAAAUAAUAGAUCAGAGCCCAGAAGCCGGGUCCCAAACUCCACAGCUACGUUUACCUCGCUUCAAAGAAGUAAUGGUCAACGGAUUCACCAUCAAAGUCAAAUAUUGCGACACUUGCAUGCUUUAUAGACCACCGCGUUGUUCUCAUUGCUCAAUAUGUGAUAACUGUGUGCAACGGUUCGAUCAUCAUUGCCCGUGGGUCGGCCAGUGUAUUGGAUUGCGUAACUACCGGUUCUUUUUCAUGUUUGUGUCUUCAGCAACUCUGCUUUGUAUUUAUGUUUUCGCCUUUUGUUGGGUGUAUGUGAUAAAGAUCAAGAACAGUGAGGAAAAAUCGAUCUGGGGUGCGUUAAUCAAAACUCCCGCUUCGAUUGCGUUAAUAAUUUAUACGUUUAUAUGCGUAUGGUUUGUUGGUGGUCUUACGGUCUUCCAUCUUUAUCUCAUCAGCACAAACCAGUCUACAUAUGAAAACUUCCGGUACAGAUACGAUCAGACCGUAAAUCCACACAACCGAGGAAUAAUCGAAAACUUCAAGGAUGUGUUUUGGCGUAGUAUUCCUCCUUCCAAGAACGAUUUUAGGGCAAUUGUGGUAAGAGAAUCGGAAUCCAGAUCCCGGUCUUCAACGGGUGGUUUUGUAAAUUCAAAUGCGGAGAAAACUUUAAGUGAUAUAGAAAUGCGUGAUAGGAAGGAUAACGGGUUGGGUCAGGUCGAUCAGUAUGAGGAAACAGGCCAUGGUGAAGGUCGUAGUGAUCUACGUGGAAGUCACCCUCGACGGUCCAGCUGGGGAAGGAGAAGUGGAAACUGGGAACUACAGAGUGAUGUUGCGUCAGUUGCAUCGGGUCUUGGUGACUCGAACAGGAUCGUUGGUGGAAGUAGUGGCAGCUUGGGUGGCAGCAGGGGUGGUCAAUUGACAGGUCAACGUAGGCAAUGACAGGUCAACAUUCAUGGUAUUGUUUUCAUAGUUGUGGUUUGUUUGGCACUUUUUUUUUGGUGAAAUGGGUUAAUUGUUGUGUAUAGAAUGGAGAAUAUAAGCAACUCCUGACUUGUGAUAUUCAUGUGUGGUGUCUUGUUUAUUGAGAUUAUAGAAUAUAGACACUAAUGUACAUAGCUUUGGGCUCUUUUUUAUGUACGAUGUUCGGUUUUGCUCUUCAAUGGAUCGAAUUUCGCGUUA